CAAAUAUGUAUUUACGGAGGAGAUGCCAAGUGGGUUGCCGCCCAUUAGAGGCAUUGAGCAUCAAGUUGCUUUCGUACCUGGAGCCAUUAUUCCAAAUCGACCAGCCUGUAGGAUUAAUCCAGCAGAGACAAAAGAGCUUCAAAGGCAAGUUGAAGAUUUGAUGAGCAAGGGGUACGUGAGAGAGAGCAUGAGCCCAUGUGCAGUACUAGUGCCAAAGAAGGAUGGGACUUGGAGGAUGUGUGUUGAUUGCAAAGCGGUCAACAAUAUUACGAACAAAAGGUAUUGAGGUGGAUGAAGAGAAAGUCAAGGCCAUCAAGGAGUCACCAAAGCCUAAAGGCAUCACUGAGGUGAUGAUUCGAGGUCGAAUCCUUUUAAGGAGAGGAGGAAUGAUGGGCGCCAUGGUGGACCGAGUCUUAAAGAUCCCUUGCAAGUUCCAAAUGGGCCAAUCACAAAGUCAAGAGCUAAGAAGAUUAAGGAAGCAAUGCAAGGAUUGGUGCAAUCCACUUGGGCCGAGUUCGCAAAUUUAUUAAGUAGGACCCCAACAUUCAAGAUGGACUGGAAAGAAGUGGAACCAGCUUUAAUCCAUGUGAUACAAGCUACAGAGGGGGGCGGCAUUGCCUAGUGGUUUAGUGUAGACUGGUCCUAUUUUAUGUCUCUAUGGUUGUAGGCAUUUGGGCCUAUUUAAUUUAUUAGGUGGGCA